AUGCGAGCACACACCAUACUUGUGCACGUGGCUUUUCUCGGUGCUUUGUUCAUAGGCUGUGCUCUGCAAUACAAGAAAAUUGUGAAGAAUGGCAUUGCCGGAUACCCAGAGGAGUGGUUUCCUCAUAUUGGUGACUGGUAUCCAGAGCGGAAUGUUUUCCAGAUUCUGAUCGCUCUGAACUCUGGAUUGCAACUCGUGCUGGUUCUCAUGCAGUACUACCUUCAUCGAAAUUCAAAUUCCUGGCUCCCUGGGCUCGUUAUGGUCGCUGGCGUGAUCAAAACGCUGUCCUGCGGUGGUUGGAUGUAUAUCACCUUUACAGAUGACCACGAUGCACACGAUGUCCUGAUAAUUGGAUAUAUUGUUCUCAACCUAUCAUGGAUGUUCGAGUCACUUGCGAAUACUCCCAUGCAAUAUACGCAUGCUCUGUGCAGAAGACACCAGAUGGCUACAGCAUGUCACAAGGUCCAUCGCAUUCCAGGAGCAUAUACAAAGUACAGCUUUUUCGAGUGGGGGCUGAUUUUUUUCGACGUGAUGUUCGACUCAGCUGUCGAGCUCGAGGUCAAAGCGGCCAACCUCCAGAAAGUAACCCAAGUGAUCACCAGAGCAGAUAGCUCUGAGGCUGUGGCCGUCUCUCCUGCUGGCUCGUCCCUAGACCAAUUAAGAUCUGCUGUGAACUUUCUGAGUGAUCUAUACCUGUCCUUCAUUUACUGGUUGAUAUUCACCUCACUCAUGCUGACAUUCUUCUACUUCUCCAUUUGGGAGCUCGCUAUCAUGGGCCAUGAGCUGUCCCUACUCUCUGUCCUCUCCCCCAUGCUGCUCGGCAUGCGGCCCUUCCAACGAUGGUGUCACACACACGUCGGGCACACCACGCUGCAUGUCUUAUCACUGAUGGGCUUGGGCACGUACAAGCUGGAGAGCUCGCUGCAUCGGCUGUUUGCUGUGGUGUUCGCCACUAUGGUGGUGAAUGUGGGAGCUGCGGUCAAUUGGACUGACAUGACAGACGAGGGUGUGGGCUAUCAUAGCAUGUUGAUGGGUUUAGGGUUCCUGCUGUCGUCUAUUGCAAAAUAUGCAAACCACUCCAACAAUCCAGCAAGGACCUCUUCAGUUGCAAAAGCGCCAUCUGUCAAAAACGUGCAGGAAUCUAUCAGGUCCUGGCUACGCAAUGCCAUCUCCCUCAGCACGCUCAUCUUCACCCUCCACUGCCUGCUCACAGACCCCGGCACACUCAUCACCUGGUCCUGGACUGGUUACCCAAUCAAAGACCCCGUCCUGCACCUACACGACUCCUUCACACAUGUCGCACAGGCCCUUGGGCUCUGCCUCCCCCUCCUCCUCCUCUCGCUCUCCAGUCUGCUCUGGUUCACAUGCAGCUGCGCCAGCACAUAUGCGCUGUACAUGCUUUCUGACUGGCUGGGGUACGCGGGCAGGCUGGGCUUCGUGGUGUUCCUCAUGUCGAUCACCCCUGGGUUGCUGCAGCGCACAGCGUGGAUGGGCCAUGUCGUGAAGACAUACUUUGUCAUGUGGUUCGUGGUGAUCGUGUUCUAUUUUGCGAGCGUGUUCAUGGUGGCAUAUGCAUUCGUGCCCUGGGGGGAGGUAUACUUCUGGGAGCGGACGGACCUUGUCCUGCUUGCACAAAUGGUGGAGAUAGCUCUGGCAUUUGACUGGUCAUGUGGCAAGGUGUCCGCUUCGCAUAUGAGCCUAACAAGACCUGUGCACACUGCCAGCUAUGCUGCGCUCUCCCUGCUUUGUGCGCUCUCACUGCUCGUGAUGAUGUACAGGUCGCCGGUGGCCAUCAUUCAGCUGCACUGCCCCAGCUCACACCUCGUCCAUGUGGGGAUAUGGACAGUACACUUUGGCAUUGACAAUGAGGGGAGGGACAGCCAGCGGCACAUGAGGAACUUGAUCAAAUGCAUGUGUGUGAGUGUGGUCAGGGCGGUGGAGGCUGAUGCUGAUGCUGAUCGGUGGGAGGGAUAUGGAGUUGGACGUCAUCGGGCUGCUGAAAACGGACCUACACAUGAGCUCCUCACCCGAAAACAGUAUGUCGAUAUUGGUCCUGGUCUGAACAAGCACACAUGGGGGGCUGUUCUUCUUUCCAAAAUAAUGUCGAUUAUCAACUCGACUCAUCAUCUGCUCCUGUCCCCCAAUGGUGAGCUUGCUCCUGCUAUAGAGGCUGUGCUGGACAUGUACGGAACACCGGUGACAGUGGUCAUCGCGCAUAAUGGACAAGAGAAAACACCACUGCAUUGUGAGCUUCAAGCUACAGAGUUGGCUCACAUCAUGUCAAAGUCAUAUCCAGAUCCUGUUUUGUAUCUCGGAUAUGUAGUCAUGCAGCCACUGGCACAAAAACCUGUGCCCUAUGAGAUCAUGGUAACUGAUGGCCGUGUGCACGACAUCGAUGAGACAGAUUGGGACAGAUGGUGCGAAUACAUAUUCUACCAUGGCCUCUACUGCAUCGCAUAUGCUCGUGUGUCGAGGAGCACUAUCAUGGACACGGAAAUGCAAAUCGAACAGUUUGUCAUACUGCGACCAGAUUCGGGUGCAAUUGCAGAUGAUCAUGAUUCUCGAUACCUGCGGACAUGGAAGGAAGAACUCCCGCCAGACCACGUAUGUCGUGUGCUUUGGCUUGGCCUGUACAUGGUUGCUAAAACAACCGGGGGCGUAAGAGGACACUUCUACCAUGUCUUUGAUAUGCCUUUGUACUACAAGCUUCCGGAGGGAGUUGCAUUGUAA